AUUCCAUAAUCGAUCUUCACCGCAUCCGCGAGAGCGACCGAAGCGACAGCAAGGAAGGGGUGGUGGAAUGGAGAAGAGAGAAAGAGGCCGAGGCCAUAAGAGUUCAAGUUGUUGCAUACAAGAUCGCCCAUGAUGGCUCAGGAUCCAAGAGCGUAUGUCGCUUCGAGACGCUUCGUUGUGGAGUAGAUUUGAGACUGAAUGGCUCCAAGAAAGGGCGUGCGGCUAGCAGCGUCAGGACGCUUCGGUGGCACAUUUGGCCAGCACGUGGAGGUCAACGGCGCUCUGAGGCACUGCCGCCAAAUUCCACCCUAUGGAUGACGACGUACAUAUCUUGCAUCAGCGGCGGUCCAAUGAAUCGCAUAAGCGAGAUCGGUCUUGAUGACUCGAAAUCGACGAGCCAGUCGCGACAACUCAAUAACCAAGAUACGCAUCGCGUCGAAGCACUGCCGUAUAGACGCGCAGAUCCUCUAGCGACAUAUCUGGUGGUCCAGCAGCUGCAAUACAUUCCGGAUAAUGGAUGGGAAGACGAUCAACUUACGAGUACUCCCAAUUUUGGAUGGAUUUUCAAGUUGGAGACGUGCAAUUAUUCCAAUCUUUGCAAUCCUCCAAUGUCUACCAGUGAACCCAAAGCUACUCGGAAACGUGCAUGCUUCGACGAUGAGGAAUACACACCUGAAGGAGACAGGGAUGCCAAAAAGAUGAAAAAUUCUGAAGAACCGGAGAAUGCUGAACGUACACCAUCUCCAGUUCCAUUGGACCCAGGAGUGCUCAAAUUGGCUGAUGGGCGUACCGUCGUCCGCGCCGAACUCACCCUGACCUCAAAACAUGGCCCUCCCGCAUACUGCCACAAGAAUAGCGACCCGAUUGCUCGACAAGAAUAUAUGCAAUCUCUUUGUGAUAAUGCAUCUCAUUGGCUCCAUAAUGCUGCUCGCUUGCAAGUGGAAGAUAUCAAGCUUUCUCAGCUUGAAGAACGACCUGUCAAUGCUGAUAAAGACCGUUUGGAAGCGCAGCUGGUUAUGCAAGAUAUCGAAAAGGCGAUUGCACGAAAGGAGCAACCAAUUCAUUGUUUCUCGACCAAGAUUGUUGAUAGAGAUGGAAAACUGCUAUGUGCAUAUUUCUCUAACCACGUUAAGGAUGCAGAAAUGACAGAAGAAUAUCUUCAGUUCAUGGAAUCUACCCCUGCCAAUAACAUCACAAGGCAUGGUCUCGAGCCUCAUAAUUUGGAAUAUACUGCUUUCUGGACUCAAGACUACCUUGGGACGGCAGGCGUGAAACCUGGCAAGGUCGACGUUCGACACGAUCUCCGACAUGACAAUAUCAAGAGGUUUCAUCCAGACCAUUACCAUGAGGAAUACUUCCUCUUUCAAUCUUGUAGGGCACCUGAUGUCUCCACCCCAAUCCCCUCUACCUCACGUCAUCAGCACCUUGCCAAACUCCACCAAGGAACCAUUGAUAGGCCUUCAGAAGAUCAAGAGGCCACUCAUUGGUACUACGAAAGGCGUGGAGUUCGGCAUUUGGACCGUUUAUGGAAUGAACAAGGGAAGGCCUAUUUGAAAGAUACGGUUCUUUCUCGUUCUACCGACCUCUUGAAUGGUUCAAACUAUGUCACUGAGGGCAAUACUGGUUGGAUGGGCACUGUAAAUCUAUACGUGCAGGAGUUGUUGUUGCCAAAAGUGAUUGCAACUUUUCCUCGUCCGUACUAUGAUGACUACAGGCGGACUUACCGAAGAGCUACAUUGAAUCAGCUCGAGGAUACAUUGCCUGGGUUUCAUACUGGACAUGUCAUCGUGCACAAGCAACCCAUCCACCAGCAUAGAGAUGCUGGGGAUUCUGGUUUUUGUGUAACAUUCUGCACUGGAUCUUUCGAUGGGGGUUAUUUGGUUCUUGCAGAUCUUGGCCUUGUAUUCCUCUACCGCCCAGGAGACCUUCUCCUGUUCCGUUCACGUGCUCUUUACCAUGGUGUUACUACCUGGCUUCCAUGUGGUGGCAUCAAUUCCAUGGGAAUAACACCAGGUAGAACUGCACAUGUGUUAUACACAAGGGACUGUACUGUAGAGUACACAAAGGGUAAAUAUCCAGGUUGGGCUUGGAAGACGAAUGUGGGAAAAAAAGCAGACCCCGAUAAGGAAGAUUUUCCUAAAGUUGCAGAGGAAUUUCCCAUUCCAGGCAGCCCAGUAUUUGCAACAUUGUGGCAAGAGAGUCUGCUUCUUCAAACUGACCCACGACCUGCACAGCCCAUCAACGUUGCCCCUCACCUCAAGGGACAAUUCACUUGA